AUGAGUGUCAGCUCGAUUCAAUCUAAAAAUUACGUUAAAUUUAGUUGGCCAGUUUCAUUUGUUGCUCAGUGUGAUUUUGAUCAUUUUUCUGAUCAAUUUAAAAUUCAUAAUCUUGAAAACGUUGCUUUUAAUAUUGGUUUCAAAGUUUAUGGUGGACCUCGAUCUUAUUGUGCUAGUCUAUGGGUAAGAAAAACUAAUUCUGAAGAAGCUCAUGCUGUUAUUAAUAUGUCAUUUGGGAAGAUCCAAUCAAAAAUCGAAAUUCAUAAUUGGAAAGAGAUAUGUUAUGCAGGUGCGCUAGAAAUUCCCAAUAAGUCAAUGAGACAAAAACUCUAUUCAAAGUAUGGCGAAAAGUAUGAUUUAUACAAAACUACAAUUACGUGUGAAAUAUUCUGGAAAAGCAACAAAGAAAAUCCACCUCACAGUAAUUUAUUUGACAAAAUGAAAAAUUUUUACAAUUCUCAAGAUUUCAGUGACGUAACUCUAGUUGUUGGUGAAGUCAAGAUUCCAGCACACAAAGUUAUAUUAUCUGCUCAUAGUCCAGUUUUUUCAAGAAUGCUGCAGUCAGAGAUGCGAGAAUCAAAAGAAAACAUUAUAAAUAUCAAGGAAGUCGACGCUGAAAUUAUAUUAGAAAUGUUGCAUUACUUUUAUACAGGAGAAACUAAAGCGAGUCACGAUAGUGAAACAGCUUUAAAGAUGCUUGAAGUUGCAGACAUGUAUCAAACUACAGAACUAAGGGAUAUUUGUAAAUUUACUUUGGUGUCAAAGAUGUCUGUUGAUAAUGUCUUAUACAUUUUAGACGCUGCGGAUGAUCAUAACGCUACUGAUUUACGCAAUAGUGCAAUGAGCUUUAUCGUUAGUAACAGCAAGAAAGUUUUUGCAACAAGUCAAUUUAAAGAAAUGUUCUAUAAAAAUAAAAAACCAGACUUAAUGUUCGAACUCAUGUGUGAUGUUAGUGAUAAAAAAUGA